AUGGUGUGCACUAAAUGUGAAAAGAAAUUGGCAAAGGUGAUCUGCCCUGACAAGUGGAAGGACGGCGCCCGCAACACCACCGUCGGUACCUCAUCCACAGCCGGACGCAAGAUCGGCGAGAACAAGCUCCUGAGCAAAAAGCGAGUGACGGCAAAGUUCAACCCAUAUGCUAAUGCCAAGUGCAAAACAUGCAAGUCCAAAGUACAUCAGGACGCUGGACAAUGUGCGCUCUGCGGAGUGUCCAUUAUCGACACGUCCAAGUACAAGAUGUCGGCCAAGUAA